AUGGCUUCACAGGACUCAGAGGCCAGCUUGCUGGAAGAGGCAGAGGCAUGCCGUUCAUCAACCGACACAUCGGACAGUUUGCCAGAUUCGAGUUUAUGGUGGGUCAAUCCGCUGAAGGCGCACAGCAGCGGGUUCCAAAGACCUGUGCCGCCAAGGACACCACGUACCCUCCUGUCAGGCUGCACGGGCACAGGCGCUGACAUUAUGGUCUUCAAGGCAUUGGAGAUUCCCUUCGUAUGUGUCGGUGCCAGUGACACAGACAGUGGGUGCAGGGAGUUUCUGAUGUUGAAUCAUGGUGCCGUCAUUCAGCAUAUGCAUUCGGCGAUGCAUGAUCAGACAGAAGGCCGGCCGUGCCACUUUCAUAAAGAUGCUGAGAGCUGCAAGCUGGGAAAGGGCCACUCCAUUGGUGUCUUCGGGACACCAUGUCCGCCAUAUUCGCAAAUGCGUUCGAAGCGGUAUGUCACUGGAAGUGUCAAGGCACACUCAUCAUAUUCCGUGAUGUUCACCGAAGCAAUCCUUUGGCUUCAGGAGCACUGCCCCUGUGUGGCAGUGCUUGAACAGGUACCCGGAUUUGACCACCGAGAGUCCGAUGAUGUUGCGAGAACUCCGCUGAGCAGGCUCGCUGUUUAUUUUAGUUUAGUUAGUUUAGUUAUUAUUACACUUACUUUAGCGACUUUAGGUUAG